UAAGUCCCAGCAUUGGAACGGUUUGCACAGUCUAGUCCGCGGCUUACAACUGCGUGCGCGCAUCGUUUGUGAAUUUUCAAUUUGAAUUUGACAAGAAAAUGCCCAGCCCGGCGUACAGCGUAGAGCUGUACCUCGGGGACGUGUCGGCCGAGGUGCAGGAGUACGCGCGGGAGCACUGCGGAGAAGACCCCGACACACGGCUCAAGGCCAUCUCUGAGCUGCGCGACAUAGUAUACGAACGGGGUGAAUGUACGCCACACCGGAUUGACGACGAGUUCCUGAUCAAAUUCCUUCGUGCCCGAAAAUUCAUACCUCAGCGCGCGCACAGGCUGAUGGUAAACUACUAUGAGUUCCGGGAAGAGAACCCGCAGCUGUGCUCGGACGUGUUCCCGCUGGAUCUGCGCGCCGUGGGUGACAGCAGCAUAUUGGCCGUGCCGCCCUACCUCGCGCAGGACGGACGUCGCGUCAUGAUCUACAGGAUCGGCUGCUGGGACCCGAACACGAUCCCUACGAACGAUCUAUUCAGGGCGACACUCAUAGCCAUGGAGCUGGGCAUGAUGGAGCCGGCGAGUCAAAUCCUGGGUGCGCACGCCAUCUUCGACCUGGAAGACAUCGGGCUUCACCACGCCUGGCAGGUCACGCCCGCCAUCGCCUCCAAGAUCGUCAAGCUGUUGGGGUCCUGUUUUCCUGCAAAUACCCACGCCAUCCACGUUAUAAACCACACAUGGGUAUUUGACAAAAUAUACAAUAUCUUCAAGCCGUUCCUCAACGCUGAAAUGCGGUCCAGGAUAUAUUUCCACGGAUACGAUGUAAAAUCCCUGCACAAACAUAUCCACCCUGACCAUUUGCCAGAGAGAUAUGGCGGUAUCUGGCCCGACUACUCUUACACGAUAUGGUUGGAGUCAUUGAAGAAAAACUACAAAGUAGUUAAAGAGAUGAUUAGUUGCGGUUACAAGUUUCGCGAAGAAGAGUUGUGCCCCGAAGUUGUUAGACAACUAAAAGAUGAAGGAGUAAAGUUGUCGUGAAAUUAUGCCCACGAUAUCUAGCAUAACAUUGAAACGUACCGGGAGCGGCGAUGUGUUCGGGGAGUUCGGCGCCCCGGGCUGUCGGCGAACAAGACAAAUUAUACCUUGGCUUGGAUACAACCUUAAUAACUUUUAAAGGAUAAUAAACAGGUUUUCAGUAAUUUUCAUUGGUUAAUGUUCAUGAACAGUGUUAUUUAAAGAGAUUGCAGAUCAUUUGGAAUUAGGCCAGAGAAACAAUUUAUCGGUUGAGCGAUCUAAGCAUAGUUAUUAGUAUAACCCAUUGACUUAAAUGUACUAGGUACGUACUAGAAAGGUUAUCGAGAACAAAUUUGAUGUUUGACGUCUGUCACUAAGCUAAAGAAUAAGCCCGAGGCGAAACUGUUAUGACAACUGUUCAUAUUCUGCCUACAUACGCACGGCAAAGAAUCGUGAUUAAAUGUUAUUUAUUAUUUUCAAUUGUGACGAAUAAUGUUUACGUAUGUAACAUGAGCGAUAUAAAAAUCAUAUAAAAUAGGUAUAAAACCCUUUCUUACUACCUCUCGUUGUUUUUCUAAUCACGUUUAUAGCACAAAUAACUCUUUAUGUUAAGUAAAAAAGUAAAAAAACUAUAAAAAAUAACGGGUUAAAGAAUUAUAUGUAAUUACUUUGCAUAUAUUCUGUGAACAAUAACCUACCUACGUGUUACUUCUGCGAAAUGUAACCUAUGAGCCUGAAUGAUUUUAAUUGACGUUUCAAUAUAAUUUAAAUUGAGUUUUUAAACAACAGUUUUUCGCAAUGGAAUGUCAUUAUAUUGAUUUUAAUAUGUUUAUAGGUAUUAUUAGUAUAAUUUUUCAUUACACAUAAAGGCAUUUUUCAUUAUUUUAACAAUUUUCGUUAUAUGCGUGGCAUCUCGCUAGUAGUCGGAGACGUACUAAACGCAAUGAAGUAAAACGUUUUCUUCGAGAUGCCUUCUCUAGUACUACAUAGUACCUCAAUGGUGGUAUAACAUCGAAAAGUUUUAUUAACUUUAACCCAACUAAUUUUGAUUAGAUAUUAGAUCUAAUGCUUUUUGGAAGGCAAUCUAAACGUAGGUAGCCUCUAUAUGUAUGUCACCCGAGCUAUAUACAAUGCCGGCUUAGUGGUAUUGCCGCUGCGGUAGAAUAUAGUACGCUAAUGUAUAUUAUAUACCACCAUCCAUAUAUAAAACAAUAGUUUUAUAUAUGGAUGGUGGUAUAUAAUAUUUGGUUUUGCCGUAGUCGAUAAAAACUGACAAAAAAUAGCCACCUUAUUGUUUAGAUUAAUAUGUUUGUGACAGAACCUUGUUGUCACGGGUACAUUAUUUUUGAAUGCCAGUAAAUGUAAUAAUUUCGUGUUUGUUUAUAACGUAGGUGAACCUAAUUUAUAGUUAAUAUAAUGUAAGGAGAUUAAAUAGCAAAUAAAAAUAGCCAGUAAGAGAUCCUUAGGCGAUAUUGAUUUAAUUUACCACAUUUAUGAGUAAUGUGGUUGGUAGUUCAAUAUACUAGAAGUUUAGGUAUAAUGGUAUUAAUGGCAUCUUAUUCAGACAAGAUGAGAGGAUAUUAGUUUUAACUAUAUAUAUUUACCGACCUUAUUAAUUUAUUUGGACGACCGGUCUGGCCUAGUGGUUAGUGACCCUGCAUAUGAAGCCGUUGCUCCUGGGUUCGAAUCCUGGUAAGGGCAUUUAUUUGUGUGAUGAGCACAAAUAUUUGUUCUUGAGUCAUGGGUGUUUUUAUAUACGUAUUUAAGUAUUUAUAUACUAUAUGUAUAUAUAUCGUUGUCUGAGUACACACAUCACAAGCCUUCUUGAGCUCAUCGUGGGGCUUCGUUAAUUUGUGUAAAAAUGUCCAAUAUUUAUUUAUUCAUUAUUAGGCAUCGGAGUUUUUAUCGCACGUGUAAGACGUUAGUGAGUAAUGGAAUUGACAUUAUCAAUAAAGCUCAUCUUAUAUUCGUACUCGUACUCAUUCAUCUAAUUAAUUAGUGAUUUCAAUUUUAUAAUCAAGGACAAGAACGUUAUCGAAUUUAUAUAUGAUCUUAUAAUUUUGUCUUUGAAAGUAUAAAUAUUACAAAUAAGAAUAAGGACCAUUUUUGGUAUGGAUUAUAUUACGAAAUUUCUUAAAAGACAACAAUUUGUAUAUUAAAAGAGAAAUAAAUAAUAUGAAUAUUAAAUGAAUCAAUACAACAAAUAAAUAGUAAUUAUUCUUAUUUGUAAUGUUUAUGUCCUGAAAGAAAAAAAAGAAAGGAUCGUUAACAAACUCAACAUUCUUGUCCUUGAUUAUAAAAUUGAAUAAAUGAAUGAGUAUGAAUAUGAGUUGAAUUUUAUUACUAAUGUUGACUCCAUAGCUCGCUAAAGUCUUACAGUGCGGUAAAAACUCCGAUGCCUGUAAUUAUUAUAUUUCUUAUUGUUUAUUUGCUACUGUAUGGAACUGGAAUAACAAGGUAAAUUUAGUACGAAUGUAUUUGUAAUUCUUCUUCAAUUUGUUUGACUGAAAAUAGAAGUAGGAGUAUUGUAUUAAUGCACAAAGUACCUAUGUUCAUGUUGUUCAUAAUACUUUCUGGCAUCUUAGUCCGAUCCUCGGUUGAUACUAUACCUACUUUAGACGUAGACUGUUUUUUCUGUUAUAAUUAGGCGUAUUUAGAUCAUAUUGAUUAAAGAAAUCGUCAAGAGUCUGUGAUAUAAAAGUGCGUUUUAUUCUUAAAUCUUAGUUAUAUCUUAUGAUAACUGUAGAGGAUUUGUGCCAGCUUCCUCUGUAUCAAGAGUCGUCGCUUGACGAGCUAGUUCAACUUAAACACUUACAAUACGAAGGUAAUUAGUAAGUCCUAGCAGUUCUUAUUUCAUUUUAGGGAAAGAGUUUAUGUUAGUACCGUAAGUAAUAUUCAUAUUUUCUUAAUAAUUAUUUUGUGUAAAAUCGGCAAAACAUUAGAUUAGUAGAUUUUUAAGGAAGGGUGUAAUUUUCAUUUUAUGUUAUUUAAUGUACGGACAAUUUAUAAAUAACCAACAAUCUAGCUUAAGUUAAUUUAAUGAUAUUUAUGACAAUAUUAUAUAUAUAUGAUAUUUAUGAAUAUUCCAAUCAGA